AUGGACCAGAAUGUGAAACUUGUUGCUGAAGGGGGAGAUGCUCUUGAUGAUCCUGAGAAAUAUAGAAGAUUGGUGGGUAAGCUGAAUUACUUAACAGUUACUCGACCUGACAUUGCUUUUUCAGUGAGUAUGGUGAGUCAAUUCCUUUCCUCUCCUCGGACAUCUCAUUGGGAUGCAGUUAUACGCAUUUUAAGGUAUCUCAAAAAGGCUCCAAGUAGAGGAAUUGUGUAUCAAGAUCAUGGACAUAGUAGAGUUGAAGGGUUUUCAGAUGCUGAUUGGGUAGGAUCUCCAACUGACAGAAGGUCGACUAUUGGGUACUGCACAUUUGUUGGAGGAAAUCUGGUUUCAUGGAAGAGCAAGAAGCAGAGUGUUGUAGCUCAUUCCAGUGCUGAGUCAGAAUACAGAGCUAUGGCACAAGUAACAUGUGAAUUAAUGUGGAUACAACAGCUAUUGUCUGAGUUGGGGUUCAAGAUUCCAACUCCCAUGCAAUUAUGGUGUGAUAAUCAGGCAUCAAUUCAUAUUGCUUCCAAUCCUAUGUUCCAUGAGAGGACGAAGCACAUUGAAAUUGAUUGCCAUUUUGUUCGGGAAAAGAUGUAG